GGUUCUCCAACCUCUCCCUUGGGGACCAGAUGAGCCUCCUGCAGAGUGCCUGGAUGGAAAUCCUCAUCCUGGGCAUUGUGUACCGCUCCCUGCCGUAUGAGGACAAGCUUGUCUAUGCUGAGGACUACAUCAUGGAUGAAGAGCACUCUCGUCUAACAGGGCUGCUGGAGCUCUACCUGGCCAUCCUACAAUUGGUGCGCCGCUACAAGAAGCUCAAGGUGGAAAAGGAGGAGUUUGUCACGCUCAAAGCUCUGGCCCUCGCCAACUCAGACUCCAUGCACAUAGAGGACAUGGAUGCAGUGCAGAAACUCCAGGACCUUCUCCACGAAGCCCUGCAGGACUACGAGCUGAGUCAGCGCAACGAGGAGCCCCGGCGAGCUGGCAAGCUGCUCCUGACCUUGCCUCUCCUGCGGCAGACGGCUGCCAAAGCUGUGCAGCACUUCUACAGCAUCAAACUGCAGGGCAAGGUUCCUAUGCAUAAACUCUUCCUAGAAAUGCUAGAGGCAAAGGUCUGA